UGCCCACUGUCUUGGGACGUAAUAGACGCGUUCGAAACUUUAUAUGUCUCAAGCUGCGGCCAAUGUGUAUUUUUAUGUGGUUUUCUCGUAAUUAUAAAAUAUUUCGAAGUGAUUAUGGAAGCAUUAUUGCCGUCUGAAAUAGCACGAUUAGUUCUCGGUUAUUUGGAAGAUCAAAAAUGCACUGAAGCAGCCAAGAUGUUUUUAGAAACAUCUCCACAUUUACAAGAAUGUCGUACAGUACUUUCUUGUGGAAGGAGAUUUAACACUAGAGUUAAUGGUUUAACAUUGAUGGAUAUUGUUGAAAAGUUCUCUGCCAUUAGUGCCAUGAUUCAAGAGCGCUUGAGCAAAGCCACAGAUUGCGAGCAGUUGAAGCAUUGUGGAGAUCUGAUGGAGCAGCUCAAGUUCCUUGUAGAAGAGACACGUGGUCAACGAUUUGUUGUAAAUAUAAAUGUACCUUCACAGAGUAAUACACAAACAUCAAAUGGUUCACCUAUUGCUGCAAACAAUAUACGUAAAAGACAUAAUAGCGAACGUAUUAAACGUAUUAUUAAAUCCCAAUUAAAUCCGAUACAACAAUCUGAUGUCAUAACAAGUCCACCAAGUUGUCACAAUAUCAAUACAACUCCUUUAGAAAGUUUGCCUGGGAAUGUUGAUCUAAAUCAGACAGAAUGCAAUAGUAUUCGUACAAUUGAGAAAAGGGAUAAUGUGGCACAAGAAUCUCACAGACAAAAUAAUAGUGAUGAUAAAAAUAAUAUAAAUAAUAUUACUAUACGUAACAGAAACAAUAGCAUUCAUUUAAGUUCAGAUGAUGUCUCGAGUAUACGAAGUUGUGAAUUGGUUGAUAUUGAUGCUAAAAAAAAAGAGGAAAAUACUACAAUUAAAAUAGCGCCUGAACGAUAUACUACAGCCACAAGUACAGAAGAAUUGUUGACUUUCUCCAGUACAGAAGUUCAAACUGCUCCUUAUGAGAUACCCGAAUCAGAAUCUGAAUCUAAUGACGAGCCUAUUGAAAAUCUCAGUAUAUUAACAAAAGAAAUCUUGAAUCGUACAGAAUUACAAGAAUGUAUUGCGGAGAAUAUCAACAAAGCAAUCAUUCCUACAGAUUUAUCUUCGAAGGAUGACAAUUUGAACGAAUCAGUAGUUGGCGAGGGGAACACUUCGAUUAUGUCUGAGUUAAAUAAUGCUAUUAAAUCGAUUGUUGAAGCAACAGAAUCCGAUCCUGUGUUUGAAAAAUUUCUCGAUGAGAUUAUUGGACGAGACAACGAGACUGAUACAAGUCCAGAAGACGAUGGUGAAGGAAAGCUAAGCCCAAGAUCUCUUAAUGAAGUGCAAAAGAAACAAACAGAAACAGCUUUAGACAAUGUUAGUUCACCAGAACCAAUGAUAGUGGACACUAGAAUAUCCGCAGAGACCAAUACAGUAGAUGUGCCUUUAAAACAGAGACUUCGAAGUUCUUCUAGACAGCAAUAUAAUAGAAUCGAGGAUGAAGUCGAUAAAGCAAGAGAUCAAGAGAAGGAACAAAGUGCUUUGGAGGAUCAAAAUGCAGCUGCAGUGUUAAGUAUUAUAAAUAUUAUUAAUAACGCAUCUGACGAUGAUAAAAAGAUUCUUGAUGAUACGAAAGAAUCGUUGGUCACAAAUAAUAAUAAUGAACAGAAAACGCAAGCGACGAUAUCUAUAAAUAGAAAUGAUGCAAUUCUAAAGUAUUCUCCAACAUCGGUAGAUGUUCAAAAAACGAACAAUGUUAUAUUAUCCGCGAAUAAUAACAUACAACCUAAAGUUAAAAAAUCCACAGUCAAACGACCAAGAUCAAGAACAAAACAUAAACAUGAUCAAGCAACGAUCAGUAACAAUCAGUUUAUAACGGAACACGAGAUUAUGACGAUGCCGACAUUGAUAGUAUGCUCGAAAGAUGAAGUGGAUAAUCUUUUGAUAAGUCGCUCGUCGACUAUUAAAUCGAGUACCACCUCGCGUUUUCUUCCAAUCGCUCCAAAGGAUCCAAAUAGAAUUGAGAAACCCAUGGAAACUCUAUACCUGAAAACAGUAAACGUAGCACAUCAAGUACCAAUCAAAAAGCUACCAACCGUGGCGGAAGAACCAGAUAAUCUCACAAACCAAGCGGGAUUAUUCCGUUCGACCAGAAAAAACAACAAAGCGAACAAACGAUCAAAAACCGUACACGAAGCUGAUGCGGUACCUAAUCAACAAGUAUUAGAUCAUCCAGUAGAACUGGCACAAACUAGUAAGAUUGGUGGCGAAUCGAUAACGCUUUACGGCAACGAAGCUAACGCGAAAACAUUGUUGGACGGCGCUAACCUGCCUACGAUCAAUUUGGAAGAAAAUAUUAGUCUGUCGGAGAGCGGACUUUCUCCGUAUUUGAAGUUUAAUGGUAGCAAAAUGAGCCAGAGUCACAAUCUCUCAGACAUCGAUAUAGCAUCCAUAGAGAAAACAGCGAGUAAUAAUAUCAACGUCGAGCAACAUUUGUCUAAAAACACCGAUAUUAUUACCAAACGCACGCCAAAGUCUCUGUUACAAAGUAGAUCUAAGAAUCAUAGAUUAAGCUUGUCCACGCCACGCAAACGAAGCAGUCACGUAAGAGCGCUCGAUUUUAGCACACCUAUGAAAACGAUAGGUUCCGGUAGGAAAACAAACGGAGACGGAAAUGCUCAGCUUUCGUCUGCAUCGGUAAAGCGUUUAAAAUCUGUUUGCAGGACUUCAUUAUUUAGAUCGCCGUCACUCUCCAAUACUCCUACUCAAAAGCAGAAGAGUCCGAUGAAAGUCUGUCAGUCUUCUUAUAGGAUUCCCAUAGCCACUAGAAGUCCCGCGCCCAAACUCAUGGGCGGUUGGGAUAAGUGUAAUGGUGUCGGUGUCAUCAUAGGCGAAGUAUCUCCGCACGGGAGUACCAGCGCGUCUUGCUCGUCCUUCGAAGAUAGAACCAUUCAGCACAAGCCAUCUAAAGCGCUGGGAAGUUGGGAUGCUGAUUUACGUAAAAGUGUGCAAGUGAAUAAGAAGGACGAAACUGAGAUUCAAACGAUCGCGAAGAGGAAACGAGAUUCCAACGAUAAGGAUGGUGCGGUACAUAAAAGGACUAAGCAUAAAUCACGAUCGCCAAAGAGCAAAAAUAGACGGAAAAUCCGCAAUAAAUCGGAAGUAAACGAGAAAUCUAAUCGCGAUAUAGCAAAAGCUAUAUACACCGGAGAUAUCGAUGAACCAGAAGAGGAUCUUCGAGAAAAUGUAAAAAUUGCAAUAACGGAGAAGACGCUUUGCGCUACCGGCGUAACAGAACCGCGAAAUAAUGAGAAAGAAACUGUAGCAAAAGUUGUUAUUAGCGCUGCAGAUUCUAAUACGAAUAAGCCCGAUAAAAUUUUUCACUCAACCGAUAUUCGCGAGACAUCGACAAAAAUAGAUUCUAGUACAAAUGCAUCCAACAAUAAUACAGCAAGUGAGAAGAAACCAGUGAAAAAAUACGCACAAUUAAAGACGAUAACAACUAAUCUAAGAAAAUCCGACAAUGAAAAUGAAAAGAAUGCUCAAAUCAGUUCGCAAAUAUCUGAAAUGUCGAGAAUUUUAUCCGCGGAUAGUACGCAGCAUAUCUUGCAAAUACCGCUUGACAUGAUCAACUUAGAAACGCCUAGAAAAUUUGACAAUAUAUCCGGUCCUCCACCGACACCGAGAGUGCUAAGUCCCAGUAGCAAUGUUAUCACACCGUUCAUCAAGAUCAGCGAAGAUUCUACUAAAGUACGUAGCAGUUUUAUUACUACACCGGAAUUCCCAAUAACUCCGGGCGUGGCUAUAACUCCAAAAGAGGAGACGAGCAGGGAUCUCAUAAAAAGGGGAGAAUACAAUUCUCCGUACUAUAAACCCACUUCGGAGCAAAUUCCGCAAGAUUCCGAUCUAUCGAAAUCUAAAAAUAUACAAGAGUCACCCAUUAUAUCUUCAUCGCACAUAUCGUUACAUUCGACGCAUAAUAGUCUCGCUUCUGGUAAUACUUAUCAGACGGCUACUGCCUCUAAACUGGAGAUAACACAAUUCGAAGUGAUUAAAGAGAAUUUACCGAGGGAGGAAGCUAUUAAGGAGCUCAAAAUCGCAUCUAAAGAUCGAGCGGACGCAACGGAACUCGGUAGUCCCGUAGAUCUCGUAGGUUGCCAUAUAUAUAAAAGCGUAAGUGAAUAUCGCGAAACAGUAAUCGAUAAUAAUUAUGUCGCCAAUCCUCAAAACGACUCCGUGGCGAAUAAUAGUUCCUCGUCAUCUGAUACUUCAUCAUCCUCGUCAUCGUCAUCAUCGUCGUCCUCUUCGUCGUCGUCUACGUCCACUAAUUCGAACACGGAUACAUCGGCAACUUGUUCGCCGAAUAGAAAAUGCGACAAAGUGCCAAGUAAAAUAAGCACGGAUACUAGUAGUAAUUCCGCGGAGAAGGGCAUCAAUGUAUCGAAGGAUGUAAAUCGCGCGAAUGUACCGAGCGAUAUAACGUAUAAAAGAUCGGAUAAUAUUUUCGAGCCGGAGUCCUCGCCGAAAAAAGUGUUCGCAAUUGCGAAAACUGACGAUCAAAUAGAAGCUACGUUAAAGGAAACCCCCGCUAAGGACGAGACUCUCUUAAAUGAGGCCGAUAUUUCGGAAACGCCCAGCAGCUCAAAAAACGGAGUGGAAUCUUUGACUAAUCUGUCGACAAAGAUAUCGGCGAUUAUCACAGAAGAUGAAAAACUGUCAAAAUCCAACAAUCUCAAUAAGCCAAAGAAUAGCAAUAAAAUCCAAAUUUUAAACAAACCGAGACCAAAGCCAAAGAUAAUAAGUAUGCAAUGUAUUCAACCAGGAUUAUCAGUCAUUGGGAAAAGACUGGAUAAAUAUCGAUCCGAGCACGAACAAAGCGUGUCUAUAAACGAUAAACUCAUGCAUAAACAACAGCUAGAAGAAAAACGACAACGCAUGAUCGCAAAGAUUAAAGAUAAUCCAAAAUUGAAUCUUGCUAGUAAAGCGAAGCAUACAUAUAAGCGCAUUUUAAUCUCUUCUAACGGUCUAAAGAAGAGUACUCAAUUCAGUAGAGGACAACGAGGUACAUCAAUAGUAAAAUAUUCUCAUAAAAUGGGCAUUAACAAAAAUGUUAGUAAAGAUUCAAAAGCUCCGGAUGAUCUGCAGAAAAAUUCGACAAUAAAUAUGCGAAAAAAGAACUUGCCGCUAAUGCGAAAUCGAAAUCUCGUGAAUAAAUGCUCCGAUAAUAAAGAAGAGACAAAGAAUCGAACUUCCUCAUCGAAAAAUAUAGAUUCUAACGUAACGGAUUACGGGAAAAAUAGUACUGAACUGUUAUCCAAUAAUAAUACAAUGAGACAAUCACACAAAAAUAAUAUCUGUGACGCGCCGUUACUUGAAAAUUUAAUGAAAAAUUCUGAUAAAAAAGAACCUGUACAAUUGCAUAAAACUUUUUCGUCGAAAGAUCAGGAGUGUACGAAGGAAAAAUCAGAUGCUAAGGUAAAUAAAGUGGAAAAAAUCUGCGACGGGAAAGAUAAUAUUACCAAAGAAGAAACAUUAAAAGAUAAUAAUAAUGCAAAAAUGUCGGAGAAAGAAAUGAAUCCCAAUGAAAAACAUAUCACCGUACAAGAAGUUGCGGAUAAAAUAAAACCGAAAAUACGCGAUCAAACGGAAGAUACGAAACUGUUGAGACAAUUUUCAAACCACGUUGACAAGUCCGAAUGUAACAAGAUAUUAAGACACAAAGUGGAUCAAGUUAAACGUGACUUAUUUAGCGACGAGGAAAGUGAUCACAGAACAUCUUUGACCGCAAACGCAAAAAAUAACAAAACUAAGACAAUCAUUGAAGCUCCAAGUCUUGUUGAAGUUCCGAACAAGAGAGCAAACGUCGAUAGUCCCAAACAGGAAUUAUCGACCGUUCUUCAAUGUCUGCAGUUAGUGCCGGCAUGCAAAAAUGAACAUAAUGAUGAAAACCAAACUGAAAGACAACACGAAGAACUGAAAGAAUCUGAAAACCGAGUUAAUAAUGGAUCACAAGCAAUCGAUAUUCAUAAUUAUAAAGCUGAAUAUCACUUUGUAUACGAUGAUAGUAUGCCAAUAAGAAAAAGAAGAAGAAGAUUUAGUAGCAACGAGUUGCAGAUCGAGAUCAAUUACGCCGAUCUUCCGGAUCUUGAAUGCAUUAAAAUAAUGAAAGCCACAGAGUUUGAGGAAAUAUUUAAUUUAUCGCCGAAAUCUAAAAAACGAGUAGUGAAUAAGAAAUUACCCGUCAAGAAUGUAAAAAUUUGCAAGACAGUUAAAGAUGCGUUUACUUUAAAAGAUAGUACUGUAAAACCUUUAGCUACAUCAUCCCCUGUCGAGGAGCCAUCAAGAGGAAAAAUGAAGAAGACGAUUAUCAAGACUAUCACGGCAAAUAGAAAUGAUAAUGAUACGCAAUCUGAUUCAAAGAAAAAACAGCAAAAGCAUCAGGAAAAAGAUAUAAUUAAAAGCCGAAAAAGAAAAGUGUCAGAAACGAGAGAAACGAAACAGAUUGACAAGAAGCCAUGCACGACUGAUCCGCAAAUACUACUCAAUAAUUUGGAUGAUGUUCAUCUAAAUGAACUCCUGUGUGUAGUUCAUGGACCUGAAUAAGUGCUCUCUUUUAGUGUACAUAUAUAUUAUGACAAAUGUUGUGAACAUUGUCCUCCUUUGUAUGCAAUACUAUUUCUAAUUUUUUACUAUUUUUAUACAACUGUACAUAAUAUUAGAGUAUUUUAUUACACUGACAGUUUCUAUUAAAGUUAAUAUUUUUAAAUUUUAUCUUAAAAUUGCUUUUUUAUGUGAUUAUACGAAAACAAAUAUCCUAUUAAUUUAUGAUACAAUUUUUAUUUCUGUAAGCGAUUUGCAUUAUAUGUUGUAAAGAUUUUCUUUUUUUUAAUAGUUUUUUAAUUUGUAGUGUAAAUAUUUUUAUAUUUUUUUAAAUUUAAAGUAUAGAAAUUUGAUGAUUAAAUAAUUCU